AUGGCAAGUCGAGCUGCCAACAAACGGUUGACCCGUGAAUACAAGACCAUAUCCGAAAACCCUCCUCCAUACAUCGAGGCCCAUCCCUCCGAAUCCAAUAUCCUCGAAUGGCAUUACAUUCUCACUGGACCUCCCGAUACUCCCUACCAUGGUGGACAAUACUGGGGUACCCUUCUGUUCCCUCCCAACUAUCCAUUUGCGCCUCCCUCGAUCAAAAUGCACACGCCAUCCGGGCGUUUCCAACCCUCCACUCGUCUUUGUCUCUCGAUCAGCGAUUUCCACCCUAAGAGUUUUAAUCCCGCGUGGGAAGUAAGUACAAUAUUGAUAGGUCUAUUGAGUUUCAUGACAAGUGAAGAAAUGACAACGGGUUCGGUAAACGCAUCUAAAUCGGAAAGAAGAUGGGCUGCGAGUAGGACGAGAUGGUGGAAUAGCACCGGAGGAGGAAGUUACAAGAAAGACGGAACACAGAAAGGCAAUAUCAAGGCCGGAGACGGAGGCGCAAAGUUUAGAAGUGAAUGGGAGGAGUUGGAUAAGGAGAACUGGAAGUGGAUGAAAGAGAGGGGUGUCGAUAUUGUGACUGGAAAUGAGGAAAAGAAAGAUGAGGAGGAGAAAGGCAGGGACUGCAGCGGAAUUGCGAUGAAAAGACCAGGAGGUAGUCAAGCUGUUGUGGGGGCUGUGGUAGAAGGCGGCAGAGAGGGAAGAAGUUGGUUACAGACACAUAAAUACUGGAUCGCUGGUGGAGUGAUUUUCACGUAUGUCAUGAUUGCAAGAUUACUUUCAGAAGGUCAUGAGCUAUAG